AUGUCAAACAGAGCGCGACUGUUGGUGGAACUAGCUCGAAAUUCAGCAUCUAGUGCAGUAGCCUCUCACCAAGUGCCCAAAGACGAUAACAUUAACAAUUUUGCGACCCAAUUGAACGAUGCAUCAGAUCCUCAAAGAACAGAGAGUAUGGUUCAAGUGUCAGUUCAAGAUCUAUUAGGAAAUGCAGAAUUGGUAGAUAAUCCAAUUUUAACAGUCCUAGAAGUGGCAGAAAUCCCAAAAGAAACAUCGCAUUCCAAAACUGAUGAAAAGUUAUAUUAUUUGGAACAAAACACAGAUUCUGAUAGUGGUAUUGUACCAAUAAUUGACUAUCAGGAAGAAGUUGUAGCAGAUGAAGAAGAGGUCCAUGAUGCAACUUCAGAUACUGAAAGACAUUCAGAACCAGAUCCAUUUCAGGAAAGUGGCAGCGAGUAUCUGCCAACAGAUACUGACUCAGAAAAUAGUUUAGGAAACGAAAACGUUGAAAACCAAGGAGGUGGAAACCAAGAAGAUCGUCGGACACCGGAUGGAAGAACAAAAAAACGUAAGAGUAAAGGGCAAAGAGAUCCAUCGCAAUGGAAACGAGCAAAAAAUUCGCAAGCGAGACUUAAAGGCCAUGCAUACAUGGGAUUUCAGAAAAAUACUGGAGGCAAGUACCAGCAAACAGUCUGUAGAGUUCAGCGCAAAGUAAAGUCGUCAUGUGGGGGACACAAAAAUGACUCUAAGGGACCACAACAAAAAUUUGAAUGUUUGCAAAUUACAAAUGAAAUGCGUAAUCAAAUAUUUCAAUCUUUUUGGGAAAUUAGUUCUUGGGAAGGUAAAAAAAUUUAUGUAAGUAGUCUUGUACUGCACUCUCAGCCCAAACACAGAAGACGAAACACUGCAGAAGAAGAGUCUCGAAAGAAAACAGGGUUUAAAUAUUAUUUAAUAACUAAAGAUAAUCCAGAGUCUACCAAAAAAUAUCACGUAUGCAAGAAAAUGUUUUUAGCCACUUUAGGUAUUGGAGAAAGAUGUGUAAGAGAAUGGGUUUUAAACAAAUGUUUACCAAAUAUGGAGCUAGGUAUUGAACCGGCUUUAGUAGAGCCACCUCAGGAUUCCGAAUGCACAAAAAAUGUUAAUCAAUUCUUAGACAGCUUGCCUAAAGUUGAAUCGCACUACUGUCGAGCAUCCACUAGGAAACUUUAUUUGGAACCCACUUGGAAUAGUUACAGACAUUUGCAUCGUGAGUUUAUUAACUAUUGUGAACGUCAAAACCUAAGAUCUUGUUCUUGGAGACUUUUCUAUAAAACUUUUAAGACAAGAAAUCUUGAAAUUUAUACACCUCGUAAGGACCAGUGCAACACAUGCGUGAAGUUUAAAAAGGGAAAUUUAAGUCAAGCAGAUUACGAUAGUCACGUUGCCAAGAAAGAACAGGCACGGUCAGAAAAAGAGCAAGACAAACAAGAAGCUAUCUCAUCAGAGGCAGGAAACUCAAAGUAUGUCUACACUAUGGACUUACAAGCUGUUCUUCUUUGUCCUUUUACCCAAGCCUCCGCCAUGUACUAUAAACAAAAACUGAAGGUUCACAACCAAACAUUUUUUAAUCUUAAUAACAAAGAUGUGUCUUGUUAUUUAUGGCACGAGGGAAAUGGAGGUUUAGACAGCGAUGUUUUUGUUUCCAUUUUAGUAAAGUUUCUUAAUGAAGAGAUAGAAAGGCAGAGCCCGAAGGUAAUAAUCCUAUGGAGCGACGGUUGUACCUACCAAAAUAGAAAUGUGAAUUUGUCAAAUGGUUUGCUGGAGAUAGCCAUGGAAAAAAAUAUUAUUAUUGAACAAAAGUACCUGGAGGUAGGACAUACCCAGAUGGAGGUGGAUUCAGUCCAUAGUGUAAUAGAGAGAAAGCUGGGAAGAAGAAAUGAUAUAGCUGUUCCCGCCGAUUAUAAUAAAAUUAUAAGAGCGGCCAGGCAAAACCCAUCCCCUUAUAAAGUAGUGUCUCUGCAUUUCAACGAUUUUUUGCAAUACAAAAAAGGAAUGUAUUCACAAAUUCGACCUGGAAGCAAAAAAGGUGAUCCCUGUGUUACAGACAUUUGUGCAUUGCAGUAUCUUCCUGAAGGACUAAUAAAAUACAAAAUAAAUUUUUCGGAUGAAUGGCUCGAACUGCCACGUAGACCAUGUCGUACUAGAACUUCUUUCUCUCACGAACCUCUAUAUUUAUCUCCUCGCCAAAUUGAGGAUACAAAAUUCAUACAUCUUCAAGAAUUGAAAUCUGUCAUCGAAUCAGAUUACCAUGGAUUUUAUGACAAUUUAAAGCACAGCUGCAAGUCUGACCAAGUUUGUUCACAUAUCAAAAAUUAA